UUUUUAUCGAAUAUUAUUUUAAGGUUAAAUAUUUUUAAAAACAUUAUUGUUUGCUAGCUCGUUUAAAUUAAAGUGAUAAGAACUAAUUGUGAUAAUUUAAGUAUAAAAUGAGUUAAUUCCACCUAAAAUUGUUUACAGUACAAAUAUAAUAAGUUGUUACUUCGAAAAAAUACAAUAAAUAAUGAGUUAUGUUAGUGAUUUGAGCCAGUCUCAGGAAUAUUUGAGCUUCAGAAGUAAUGUACCGUUAAAAAGAAUUGUAGUAGAUUCCGAUAAUUCUAAGGGUUGGCGUAUUUAUGAUUGCGGUCCCAAAGCAGUUCAAUGCCCUCUAAUUUGUUUACCGCCGGUUUCCGGAACUGCGGAUAUAUUUUACAAGCAGGCUCUUGCUCUAUCAGCGAAAGGUAUUAGAGUUAUAUCAGCAGAAUCCCCAGUAUAUUGGAACGUAAGGGAAUGGUGUGAAGGUUUCAAAAAAUUACUGGACUACUUGGAAUUAGACAGAGUGCACAUAUUCGGAUGUUCUUUAGGUGGUUAUUUAGCUCAAAAAUUCGCGGAGUAUACUGCGAAUUGCCCUCGAGUGGCUUCCUUAAUACUGUGCAAUACUUUCACCGAUACUUCCAUAUUUAACAAUCACGACUCGGCAGCUAUUUUUUGGAUAUUGCCAGCUUUGGUCCUUAAAAAAAUGAUAAUGGGUAAUUUCGGUUCGGCGAAAGUCGAUCCAGAAAUGGUAGAAGCAAUAGACUUUAUGGUUGAAAGGCUGGAAAGUUUGCCACAAACUGAGUUGGCUAGUAGAUUAACACUCAAUUGUUUAAGAGGAUAUGUAGAAGUCCACAAACUUAGAGAUUUAUCUGUUACAAUUAUCGAUGUUUAUGAUGAAUCCGCUUUAUCAAACUCGGUGAGAGAAGAAUUAUAUAAAUGUUACCCAAGUGCCAAAUUAGCUCAUCUAAAAUCAGGUGGAAAUUUUCCUUAUUUAAGUCGAUGUGGAGAAGUUAACCUACAUUUACAGAUACAUCUUAGGCAAUUUGAUAAUUCACCAUUUAGUGCAUCAGAUAAACCGUUAAUUUGUAAACAUUAAUAAUACUCAAAUUUUAUUUUAUGUUAUACUACGUAUAUCUAUUAGAGAGAUGUAAGUAAAAUACCAAAUAAUUUUCUG